GAGUUCGUUAACAAAACCCGUUUGACACAGCCGUUGAUAAUUUUUUUUGUGAUUGUGUACAUGGAUGACAUUUUGGUCUUUUCCAAAACCUACGAGUACCAUGUGGAACAUGUCGAAUGGGUGUUUGCAUGCGUUGAAAGAUGCGAGGCUCAAAGUGGCUCUGGAGAAAAGUGAGUUCUUUUGGUCCGAAAUUUCCUUUUUGGGCUACAUCGUCACGGUCGAGGGUCGAGCCUUCCUAGGGCUGGCCUCUUAUUAUCGACGCUUCAUUCGGAGCUUUGCCUGCCUCGCCAAGCCGCCGACGAACCUGCUGAAGAAGGAGGAGCAGCUGAUCUGGACGCCAGAAUGCGAGGCGGCUUUUCGGGCACUCAAGGAGGCUUUGACAUCGACCCGCGUGUUGGCGCGUCCCGAUCCGACACGACAGUUUGCGCUGCAUACUGACUGGCAGCCGCAGGGGAUAUCGGCGGUGUUGACUCAGCAAGGAACGGAUGGCAGGGAGCAUGUCAUCCAGUAUGCGUCGAAAAUGCUGAGUCAGGCGCAGUUAAACUACGAGGCGUGCAAGGGUGAAUGCUUGGCGGUGGUGUGGGGGGUUCAACACUUUCGACCGUAUCUGUACGGCCAGAAGUUCGUGCUCGUGACAGAUCAUCAGCCAUUGCUAUCGUUGCGGAACAACAUGGACUACACGGGUACCUUGGGAAGGUGGGCGGUGAGAUUGCAGGACUACGACUUCGACAUCCGCCACCGCGCCACCAGGCAGCACGGGAACGCCGAUGGUCUGAUGCGCCUCCAGCCACCGAGCAAGAGUCCCGCGAACGAGAAGCUCAUCCUGCGGAAGCCGAUUUCGCCUUCGACGGAACCCGGCUAYGGGGAGGUGAAUGUCCUCCGCAAGGGGAGCAGGAUGAACCAUCGCCAACCGGAACAUGAGCCACUCGAGCAUUUCCAGACGCCGCUUGCAGAUCGCUUGUUGCGGCAUCAGCUCAAUCAGGAAAGGCAGUUGCGAUACGACAUUCAGCAAGUGAACAUGCCAGCGCCCGGGGUGGCUGAUCUGGCAGCAUACUCGUUGCUUUGUGAUCGGCUGACGUAUGCGGGGGUGUACGUGGACGUGACGCAGUUGCCUGGGCGGGAGACGACUCAAGUGUUCAUCGAGUUCCGCGCGCUCCAGGUGGCACCUAACUUCAUGCAUAGCAUCGCCAUCUUUAUCAGAGACUUGACGGUCCUGCCACAGCCGAGUCGGGAGCUGGCGCGGAGUUUUGUGCGCGAAUACGCGGUGCAGGCGGCCAGAUCAGGCCCUUAUCCUAUGCGCGAGUUCUCGCAGUAUUUGGUGGAGCUAACUGACGUGGAGCCGCUUCCCUUCGCAGACGAAGACGCGUGGGAGUUGCACCGUGCGCUGUACAAGUCGGUGGCGUUGGCGAUGUUCCGAUUCUUCGUGGAUCACGAAGACCACUGCAUCGGGGAGCACUUCGUCGUCUAUUACGUCAUCACGCGGCCCAAGCCAGCGCAUAAGGAGGGGACAGUGGCGUUGUACCCAUUCGCCCAGCUCCAGACGACCGAUCCGGGAUUGUUAGAGCUCAUACAUCUUGAGCUCUUAUCCAUUGCGCAAGUGAUCGCGAGCGAGGAAGAGGAGAUCCAGCCACGAUUGCGGACGGCGGCUGCCCCGCGGAGAACGUACAACGCGGUCGUCAUCCCGGAUUACAUUGCGCAGCACGAGGAGAGGUUGGAGGACUUCCCGGAGGAAAAGCCGUUGCGGCCUCCCUCGUCGUAUCCCAGACCGGCGCCGCCAAAGGCCCCCAAGAAGACGCCGAAGAGGAAGAGAUGCCACCCGUCGCUAGGAGCGCAAGGCAGUAGAAUCGGUGGCGGCGAGGAGGUGGUUCAGCCCGUGCGCACGCGGAAUCUUGACCCAGUGCCUGGGAGUGCGGCGACGCUGGUUAAAGAGACUGUCGUGCCAGUGCCGCCCUUCCCGAGAGUGCCCGAUCUCAAUCUUGAUGGAGUCGGGCCAUCAGCCACAGCAGCCGGAGGAGGAAGCCGAAUGGGAUUACUGGAUCCCAUAUCCAGAUCCCCCGUCCUCGCGGGACCUCUCCGCUUCCACCACCCACUCCGGAGUGCCCCGAUCAUUGACAUUAGCAGUUCCUCCGAGCUGGACGGUCCAUCCGACAGAGGGACGCUCAUCUACGAGACCGGGCAGAGUCCCAAUGUGAUGUACCACUUCCUUGUCUUCGCGGCGCAGAAGCGGGAGCGACGGCCCUACACCGAGACUCGUGUGGUGAUGACGGGUCCAGGACCCCGAUCGGUGCGGAAGCGGGUGGUGCGAGCGGUGGCGGAUCUAGCGCCACGUGUCCUGUCUCAUGUGUCGGGGGCCUUCCUCUAUCCCUCGUUCGUCCAGCACCACUUCCAUGAGGAAGACGCGCCGACGACUCCCGCGGCAAUGGCCGCUUUUCUUCCACCUAUUCCGCCCCCUCUCAAUCCCGACAUCGAUCACUUCCUCUGAUCACCCUCGUCUUCCUGUCCCCUCUUCUCUCCUUCUCCUUCUCCUCAUCGUCUUCUUCUCUUAUGCCCAAAGUUCGCACGUCGAGACGCGCUGUAUAUGGAAAAAAAAAAAAAAAAAAAAAAAANAAAAAAAAAAAAAAAAAAAACAGUGGACGGCUUACCGAUCGGGCCAGCUGACGAUGAAGGGGCCGCCUGAUCGAAUGUAUAAUACGAGGGAGAUGGCUGACGAUGCGAAAUGCAUCAAAGUAGGAUAGGAGAUGCUCGGGCCUGCUGACAAUGAAGAGGCCGCCCGAGC